AUGGCCACAUGUUUACAACAUAGUGAUGCCGCAACUUCCGCUCCUUCGGAAAUUACCAUGCUCUCGGAGAAUCCAAAAGCUGCAUCGCCAGAGCCAAUCACAGAACUUGAUGAGGAUCUUGAUUCAACUGCCUACUCAUCUCAACAAAGCUCAAACGCCAAUAUCAGGAGUAAAGACUCGCCAAAAGCCCCAUCUUUCAGCUCCAGCUUCUAUAUGUGCUGCCAAGCAAAUCCCAAUAGCAUUACCAUCGACCAUUAUUAUCCACCAUAUGCCUGUAUAUUCGGGCCUGAAACUGGACUAUGCCCUCAAGGGAUCAACUCUUCGUUUAUAUUCCCCUGGCUAUGUACCGUCGAUUCAAACUGGGGAAUUGGCCAAAUUGUGCGUCAUGAACUGCACUUAUAA